UCCCGGUGAAUGUACCCCGGUCAGAGAAGCAGAGGCAAUGGCGGGGGAUUCGAAACAACUGCAGCUGUCUGUGCGUGUUUACAACACCCUUCAGAACCUUGGUUGUCCUUUGGUUGAUGGACUUUACCUGAGAGAGGCUGACAGCAUGCGGGAGCUUCUGUGUACACCUUCACUGCAUCGCAUGGACAUCCUCAAAUGGAUUUGCGUCAGAAUCUGUCCGUCCCUGAAAGAGAAAUUCUCUACAGUCAAAUCGGCACAGACAGAAGAAGUUGUCAAAGAAAUCGCUCGGUUUGGGCAUGAAAUGAUGUUGUGUAAAGCUGAUGAGCGAGAAUUAAUCGAGGGCUUUGCCACACCAUUACGGCAGCUUUUGUUUUUGGAACAACUUCUAAUGAGUGCCCAGGACAGCAGUGAGCAAGAGAAACCCUCUGGAGAUGAAGGCAUUAGGCAUGACGAUUUGCUGAGAGAGCUGAUGUCCCCUGACCAUCUGUCUGACCUGGUCCAGCUGAUGAAUCCUGUUUGCAACCCCUGGUCUGCACACAUUCGUGAACAUCUGAGAGCCACACAUUUGUCCCAGGCUAAGACAAACCGUGCUAGAGCCAAUGAUUCUAAUAAUAGGAGUCAUUCAGUGCUUGGUAAACUGGGUGGGGAUGAUCUAACUGAAGCCACACGUCUGCUGCAGUCCACUCAGGCUACUUUAGAGGAGCUACGCAAAGAGUGCGAGUUCCUGCAGUCGGACCCCAUCAGCCCUGGAGCCUCACUGUCACCCUGCGCUCUGAAAGUGGCCAUAUCGGACAUGGCUCAGCUCAUGACUGCUUUCAGCCAGGUCUACAACACAGACUUCAAGGGCUACUGCCAGAGAGCACCCCCUGUCCUCAGUCCAAACGCACAUGUUUUCCUGUCUGUACAUCAGCUCCUGCACAGCUGCAAUAUGGAGCUGGAGGCUCUGCAGCAGCUGUCAGAAACCUCAUCCUCACUGACGGAGACAGUGAGACGGAUACAGACAGAGAGACGAUACUGGGCAAAGGGAGAGAAGCAUACACUGCCGAACCAACUGGAGACACUGAAGAACAGAUACACGGCCUUUCUGGCCCGUCACCAAUCAUAACACAUUUGCCCAGCUACCCUCCUGACUUACACGUGUAUUGUAGUGUGACUCAUUAGAUGUCACAUUUUUAUCUUUAUCAAAUAUUAUUCAUCCUUCUGCAGCUUUAUGAUUUCAAUAUGUAAAUAUUUUGUAUCCAUUUCGUCUUCUUAUUUUACUAAAAUGAAUUCUAAGCUUAACAAUUUACCAGUAAGCUGUAAAUAAAAAGGAUGUGGGGAAUACAUUAUA